AUGCAAUUAGUGAACUCGAAGAGGCAAACACCAGAACAAGGCUUAAGCCCUAUUGUUUCGCAAGUUCACGUCGAUGACUUUCAUGUUACUAGUAUACUAUCAAACAAGGACGUAACCAUCAACUUGGAUCAUCAGGUUACUAAAGAUGAAGCUCUUAUCCUUGCUUUGGGAUACAAGCAAGAGUUUCGUCGUGAGUUCAGCUUAUGGUCGAUUUUCUGUGUCUCGUUCUCGGUUUUGGGAUUAUUACCCUCUAUUGCUGCAUGCUUCGAUUACCAACAAUUAGUGAUCGGAAUGUCUCCCAUUCCGUGGAUAUUGGCGAUUUUGUUCAUCACAAGUGUUGCCCUAAGUAUGGCGGAAGUGGCUUCUGUUUGGCCAUGUAGCAGUGGUACUCCGUACGCAGUGUCGCAACUCGCACCGCCAAAGUAUGCCCCAAUACUUACAUGGUUAACAUGCUUCAGUAACUGGAUGUGUCAGAUUACUGCAGCCCCAUCGGUUAAUUACAGUUGUGCUUGCCUAAUGUUGGCACUUCACAGUUACAACAGUCCAGGAUACUCUGCAACAAAUGGCCAGAUCUAUGGUCUUACAACUGGCAUUCAAAUAGCCCAUGCAAUCAUAUCCUCCAUGCCAACAAAGUUUUUGGCCAGAUUCAACAAUAUGGGUACCAUCUUGAACAUGAUCUUCUUGACGAUUGUCUUUGUGAUGAUUCUUGCUGGCAAUGACAGACAAGCAUUGUAUCCAGAUAUUCCCAAGUUCAACUCAAACGCAACAGCUUGGAGUUUAACUAAUCAAACUGAAUUCCCAAGUGGAGUUGCAAUGUUAAUGUCCUUCUUAGGUGUCAUCUGGGCCAUGUCAGGGUAUGAUUCCCCUUAUCACAUCUCAGAGGAAUGCGCAUCACCAGAGUUAGCGGUUCCCAGGGCUAUUACUCUCACCGCAACCUGUGGAGGUGCUAUAGGCUUUGUCUUUAUGUUGGCGAUAGCCUAUACUCUAGUCGAUUUGGACACAAUUGCUGAGGAUCCACAGGGCUUGGGACAACCGUUCGUCCUGUACUUGUCACAGAUCUUCUCAAACAGAAAACUUGUUGUGGUUGCAACAUCCAUGACAGUCAUCUCCUCUUUCUUCAUGGGUGGAUCUUGUAUGUUUGCGGCUUCGCGUGUCACUUACGCUUACUCGAGAGAUGGACUUUUCCCAUUAUCAAGAUACUGGAAAUUGGUGAACAAGACCACUCAAACACCAGUCAAUGCUGUAUGGAUAAACAUGUUGCUUGGACAAUUGUUGUUGUUGCUUAUGUUUGCUGGUGAUGUUGCAAUUGGUGCCAUUUUCUCCGUUGGUGGUAUUGCAGGUUUUGUUUCCUUCACAGUUCCCACUGCGUUGAAGAUUACAGUAGCUCACAAGACUUUUCGUCCAGGACCUUGGAACUUGGGAAGGUUUUCUAGACCCAUCGGCUUUGUCACUUGCGCCUUCGUUUUGGUGAUGAUUCCCAUUCUUUGUUUCCCUACUGUUAGAGGUAAAGACUUGACUUUAGAUGAGAUGAACUGGACUGCACUUGUCUUUUUUGGCCCCAUGUUGCUUUCGCUCAUCUGGUUCUUGGUCGAUGCUCACAAGUGGUACAAGGGACCCAAAUCGAAUCUUGAGCCUGAAACCAUUACCUAUGGUGGAUAUGAAGUUCCUCUGGGGCAGGCUUCCUCGGACGAAAAGGUCGAUAGUCACAUUGACGUCCUGCCACUUAGAGAUUCGAAAAAUUAA